CAUCUUGAAUAGCUUCUUAAUUAUCACUCUCAACUUUUCGUAGCUAGCUUAAAUUCUUCGAGAACUAACAGUAUCAAUUUCUGCACAAAUGGCUCCUGCUGCUGCCCCUUUUUCACAAGUUGAAGUUGGCAAAAGGGGAAAAUUGACUGGCAAAGUGGCACUAAUCACGGGUCCGGUCAAGGAAUUGGAGCUUGCAUAACAAAAGUGUUUGUUGACGAAGGUGCCAAAGUUGUGUGUGUUGAUAUCAAUGCAAAAUUGGGACAAUCAGUUUGUGACAAAUUGGGUUACAAAAGAGAUACUUUUUUCCGCUGUGAUGCGACUAACGAGCUUGAUAUGGAAAAAGCGAUUAAGGCAACGAUUGAGAAACAUGGGAAACUGAAUAUCAUGAUCAACAAUGCCGGUAUCGUGGAUGAUCCGAAACGUAAUAUCCUCGACAACCAUCUCUCGGAUUUCGAACGUGUCAUGCGUGUGAAUGUGGCCGGGGUUUUCCAAGGCAUCAAACACGCUGCCCAGGUCAUGAUUCCGGCUAAGACCGGAAGCAUCAUCAACCUGGGCAGCAUUUCCGGCAGUGUUGGAGGCAUUACUUCUCAUGCAUACUGUAGUUCUAAACAUGCUGUGGUUGGAUUUACUAAGAAUGCAGUUGCUGAACUUGGGAAACAUGGGAUUAGUGAAAAUUGUCUAUCUUCUUAUGCUGUUUACUCAUCCUUGACCAAGAAAUUUUUCGACUUCGAAGAAGGUGGGCCGCAAAAGAGAGCAAUCACAAGUCUUGAAGGAGUUGUGUUGCAGCAAGAAGAUCUUCCGAAUGCUGCUGUUUAUAUGGCUAGUGAUGAUGCUAGGUUUAUGAGUGGGCAUGAUCUUAUGUUGGAUGGUGGUUUUACUGUUACCAAUCCUUCGUUUCGGUUGUUUUCUAGAUUUGCCUUACUGUUUGGAUUACAUUUUUUGGGGAAAGAAAUCAGGAUCGACAGUGUAGUACGUGUUGAUGAGUGAUAAUCAAUUAAUCCUUGUAGAAAACCUAUUUUAAUAAAUAUAAGAAAUGUAAC